UCAUAAUUACGAAAUGAGGGAAUCUUGUGAAUCCAUAUCAACAAUGUCUACUUGUUUUUAUGAUAAUAAUGGAAAUGUAGGUAAAUAUAACUGGACACUUUCCCAAAAUGGAAAUGUUGCAAUGUAUUGGAGUCCUACAACAAACAUUUUGUGAUCUUAUAAUUAGUUGAACUGACUUUCUUGUUGUUCCAUUUUUUGCCCUUCAGAUUCCCAGGAUAGUUGGCAUACCUUCAGAUAUUCCCCUACCAUAUACAGGUAAGGCUGUUUCCGCAGUUUCUUUGGUCAAUGAUGGGAGAGACAAUAAGGAAGUUGCAGAGCGAAGUGUUCACUGUCCUCCAACUAUGUGUUAUGAUUAUCAGUAUCCAGGUUAGAAUUCACAUAAUUUUUGCCUUUACUCUUCCAUAUCUUAGAAUUGAUUUCCAUUUUCUUCAACUGCAGCUCAUAGUUCAUGGUGUGGUAUGGCUACACUCUUCAAAUGUCUAGCCUUUUUCUAUGUUUUUAAACAAUAUAAAACUAGACAUAGCGGAACCUAUCGUCAGUUGGAUGGUUCUUGCCAUCUAAAUUCUGCUGGCGCCUCAUACACGGACAAUGGUUCACCUCUUUAUUUUAUGCCCGGCUACAAUCCAUAUGCUCCUACGACUUUCUUGGGCGUUGAUGGGCAACACCCCCAUUUUUCCUCAUCAGAAGGUAUGCCAUGCUACCCAUGGAAUUCUGUCUUCACUGGUGAUGCAGAAUACCAAAAUCCAACAUCUUGGGGCACCAAAUCUGCCAUGGCUUCUAAUGGUCCAAAAAGGUCCAGUGAUCUUAACUUGAACAGAAGCACGACCACUUUUAAUGAAAGAUCCCCAAAUUACCCAUUCAAUAUGCAGUCACGACAAUCAACUUCUAAUAUAUCUCAGUCGUUUCUUCAGUCUCAGCUUCUCUGCUCACUGAACAAGUCUACGCUGCAGUCAGGUGCUGCUUAUCAUGUUGCAAAAGGCUAUGAGCCAUGUCUGAACUUGUCAUCAUUUGCCUACCAAAACCAAGGCCUCUUUGGCAACUAUUCCAUGAUGAAUGGUCCUAAAGUGAGAGAGAAUUCAUAUGUGAAUGGAGAAUCUGAAGAAGUAACUUGUGGUCCUCGGGCUUACAUUGACCAUGAAGAAUGUGGGCAUUCAUUUAAAAGCGAUGAGUAUAAUCUUGACGGGUUUCAGACGAAGUAUGAAUACGCCAAGUUCUACAUCAUCAAGUCAUACAGUGAAGAUGAUGUUCACAAAUGCGUUAAAUAUGACGUUUGGUCCAGUACGCCCAACGGAAACAAGAAACUAGACGCUGCUUUCCGUGAGGCUGAAGAAAAAACAAGAGAAACAGGGUGUAGAUGCCCGGUUUUCCUCUUCUUCUCAGUAAAUGGGAGCGGGCAGUUUGUGGGUGUUGCUGAAAUGAUGGGGUCAGUUGAAUUUGAAAAAAAGAUGGAUUUUUGGCAACUUGAUAAAUGGAGUGGAUUCUUUCCAGUGAAGUGGCAUAUCAUAAAGGACAUCCCCAACACACAGUUGAGACAUAUUAUCCUUGAAAACAAUGAUAAUCGGCCUGUUACAUACACCAGGGACACCCAGGAGGUUGGAUUAGAACAGGGUUUAGAGAUGCUUGAGAUUAUGAAGAGGUACCUAUCAAAGACAUCGUUGCUUGAUGACUUAAGCUUUUAUGAGAAUCGUGAGAAGUUGCUAAAAGCCCGAAGGACGAGUAAAGUUGAGAAGGAAGAAGGGUCAAUGGAUGCAGCAGCUUCAUCUCUCAUCAAUCUCACCCGCAAUCUGUCUCUUAAUAAUAAUGAUAUAAGAUAAGCCGAUGACUUAGGGAUCGAAUGGAUGAUUAGGUUUAUGGACUUGAAUUGUGUUAUUUGGUAUUGUUUGGUUUGGCAAAGUAAAAAAGAAAAAGGUAAUAUGGUUUCAUGUUGCAUAUUGGGCACUGAGUUCAUUUAUUUGU